AUGGCGGAGAUAAUUGGCAUUGUCGCGGUGGGGGCGGUCGAAUCCACCUACCAGCGCGUCCAGCAGCUUACCAGUCGACGUGCCGGUGGUCGGAAUUACGACUUUGGAGCCUUGGAGCAAGAAGUCCAUAACGUUGAACAGUCUCUACAUAACGCAAGCGAACUCCUCUCGACGACUAGAGGAAUCUCUGAGACCGACUUUAGUCUCGUCUUCGAAACUUACAAAUCCGCGAUAGUACAAGUCACUCUCUUGAAGCAAGACCUUGCUAAUGUCAGCCUUCCGAUACUCAAAAGAAUUGGUUACAAGAAGCGAUUCAAUAAAGCUUUGAGUGAUCUCACCUCCGUCAGCGAUGAUGUUGAGGAUUUGUGUCGGAUCCUGACCAUGGCAUACUGGGACGACGUAGAGCCACUACCACUUCCUCAGCAUGCAACAUUGAAUAAGGAGCUAUCGUCCAGCAGUGUUUAUCAGAAGGCUAUCCCCCCGAAGCAUUCUUCCCCGGACGGAAUUUUCGACUCGCUCGAUGCCUUGGAAGACGAGGAUGACAAUGUGGACGACACUGGCGCUGGUGACCACAACCUCUGCUCUACAUCCGAGGAUAUUAUCUCAAUCGCACAUUCGGAUCACCUGUCAAGUGGAUGUCGUAUAAGUUCAGGAUCCUCAACUCGACUAUCAGUUGACGAGGCUCUUGGACUCGUAGAACCGGUGGAAAAAGAUGAACUGGCGUCUGUCCUUGACGCAGAUUACAGGUCAACUUCGACAUCAUAUCUCUCAGGAUCAAAUAUCCUAGAGGGGCCUGGGAGUGCGCCACACAUGUAUGUGAAGGUAUCCGUGCGAGAUGGAUCUGGACUGAGCCAUCACUUGGAUUGCCUACUUGACACCGGAGCAUCCGUGGAUUGCCUUAUUCGUCGCGCGGAGACUUCCCUCACGCUUCACACAGCCACUAAUGAAAAGAUUGAGUGCAAACUGCUGUUCAAAGGGAUCUGGAACUUCGUGGAUAGAAAGGAAGAGUACACUCAUCUAUUUCGUUUGGUCGAUGGACUGCCGACAGACAUGGUGCUCUCUCGCCACACCAUUUUUCAAUAUGGCUUUCUGACACAAAACCCCGAUCUUUUGUUAUUGGGCUUGACAGAUAAUACCACUACCAAGCAAGAGCUCAAUGUGCUGGGUCUUGCAAAGAUAAGCAGAGAGCAACAAAAGCGACAAGAUCAACAUAAGAUGGAGAAAGCUCUGGGCAACAAGGAAGAAAGGGCGAGGCAGAAAGAACAACUCAAGGAGCGGCUAGCUCAGGUCAUGGGAACAAAUCAAGGGCCAUCCGUCAAUCAACAACAAAGUGCUUCUCGACGUCCCCAUCAAGGUCUGUAAACAACAG